GGACAGAUCAACACUGCCUUCCAAACCAAUGCCUACCAAACAUAAUCAACAUUGGCAUAACACAAUAUGAUAUAGCUAGUAUAAGUGUGUCAACAUAGCCUAUUUAGAAAUAGCUGCAUUGCUUACAUAGCCUGUAUUUUCUAUUUCGUACAGCAUAGCCUAGUACAAGAGAGAGAGCACACGAAGCCUAGGGGUGCAAUUCUGUUGAGCUAGAUCUCCGUGGUGCAUGCGCGUCGGUGCAGGGAUGUCAGCGUAUUCUGAGAAGAGAUCAUCCCUCGGUGCUGCGUGGUAGAGAGCUGAACAUAGCUGUAUAAGAGAGUGGGGAGAGGAGAAGCGUUCUGUGUAGAGGGAACACUGGGGAAUCGUAAUCAAUGAGGGUGCAAGCAAAAUUAAAAUAGAAGGCGUAUUCCAAACUUUGAAACACCUUUCACGGAAGGGUGAUAAGGGCCAAGGACCGAGAGAAACGUUUUCCCUCAUUUAAUUAUAAUCUGUAAAGGAGCGACAUAUUCCCUUGCAAUCAUGGGGAACCGGGGGAUGGAAGACCUUAUUCCUCUGGUGAAUAAAAUGCAAGAUGCCUUUUCGGCCAUCGGUCAAAAUUCUCAGUUGGACCUGCCUCAAAUUGCUGUGGUUGGCGGGCAGAGUGCAGGGAAAAGCUCGGUGUUGGAGAACUUCGUUGGGAAGGAUUUUCUUCCUCGUGGUUCUGGCAUCGUCACCCGUCGUCCCUUGGUCCUGCAGCUGAUCAACUGUCCCACAGAAUAUGCUGAGUUCCUUCACUGUAAGGGGAAGAAGUUCACAGACUUCGAUGAGGUUCGGGGGGAGAUCGAGGCGGAGACGGACCGCAUCACUGGGCAGAAUAAGGGCAUCUCCCCUGUGCCAAUCAACCUCAGGGUCUACUCCCCACAUGUCCUGAACCUGACUCUGGUGGACUUGCCGGGGAUGACCAAGGUCCCAGUAGGGGACCAGCCUGCGGACAUUGAGCAGCAGAUCAGAGACAUGUUGUAUCAGUUUGUGACCAAGGACAACUGUCUGCUGCUGGCUGUUUCCCCGGCCAACUCUGAUCUGGCCAACUCAGAUGCCCUGAAGAUUGCUAAAGAAGUCGACCCACAAGGUCAGAGGACCAUUGGUGUGAUCACCAAGCUGGAUCUGAUGGACGAGGGGACUGAUGCCCGAGAAAUUCUGGAGAACAAGCUGCUGCCACUGCGAAGAGGUUACAUCGGUGUGGUGAACAGGAGUCAGAAGGACAUUGAUGGGAAGAAGGACAUCACAGCGGCCAUGGCUGCAGAGAGAAAGUUCUUCCUGACCCACCCUGGAUACAGACACCUGGCUGAGCGCAUGGGCACCCCCUACCUACAGAAAACACUCAACCAGCAACUGACCAAUCACAUCCGGGACACUCUGCCGGGGCUGCGGGCCAAGCUGCAGAGCCAGCUGCUGUCUAUAGAGAAGGAAGUGGAGGAGUACAAGAACUUCAGACCUGACGACCCCUCCCGCAAGACCAAGGCCUUGUUGCAGAUGGUGCAGCAGUUCUCAGUGGACUUUGAGAAGCGUAUCGAGGGCUCUGGGGACCAGAUCGACACAGCAGAGUUGUCAGGAGGAGCCCGGAUCAACCGCAUCUUCCACGAGCGCUUCCCCUUUGAGCUGGUCAAGAUGGAGUUUAACGAGAAGGAGCUUCGCAAGGAGAUCAGCUACGCAAUCAAGAACAUCCACGGCAUCAGAACUGGCCUCUUCACUCCGGACAUGGCUUUUGAGACCAUUGUGAAAAGGCAGAUCGGCAAGAUCAAAGAGCCCUGCCAGAAAUGUGUGGACAUGGUCAUUUCUGAGCUAGUCAAUACCGUUAGACAGUGUACUCAGAAGCUGGCUCAGUACCCCAUGCUGAGGGAGGAGAUGGAGAAGAUUGUCACCCAGCAUAUCCGAGACCGCGAGAGCCGCACCAAGGACCAGGUGAUGCUGCUGAUUGACAUUGAGCUGGCCUAUAUGAACACCAACCAUGAGGACUUCAUUGGCUUUGCAAAUGCUCAGCAGAGGAGCAGCCAGGUGGCCCAGAAGAAGCAAACUGGCAGUAAGCAGGAUGAGAUUAUGCCGGAGAGAGGAGCAGUUAAUGAUCGGUUUAAGGUGAUCAGGAAGGGCUGGCUGACCAUCAACAACAUUGGCAUCAUGAAGGGAGGAGCAAAGGAGUACUGGUUCGUCCUGACCGCUGAGUCCCUGUCCUGGUACAAGGACGAUGAGGAGAAAGAGAAGAAGUACAUGCUCCAGGUGGACAACCUGAGGCUGAGGGAUGUGGAGAAGAGCUUCAUGUCCAGCAAGCAGAUCUUUGCCCUGUUCAACACGGAGCAAAGAAAUGUAUAUAAGGACUACCGUCAGCUGGAGUUGGCCUGCGAGAGUCAGGAGGAGAUAGAUGGGUGGAAGGCCUCCUUCCUUAGAGCUGGAGUGUAUCCUGAACGUGUCACGGAGAAGGAGGGCAAGCAGAGUGACAGUGGAGACGGAGAGAAUGGCUCAGAUAACCUCAUGCACUCCAUGGACCCCCAGCUGGAGAGGCAGGUGGAGACCAUCCGCAACCUGGUGGACUCCUACAUGGCCAUCGUCAACAAGACCAUCAGGGACCUCAUGCCCAAGACCAUCAUGUACCUCAUGAUCAACAAUACCAAGGAGUUCAUCAACGCGGAGCUGCUGGCCAACCUGUACCACUCUGGGGACCAGAACAGCCUGAUGGAGGAGUCCCAGGAGCAGGCCCAUCACCGCGACGAGAUGCUCCGCAUGUACCAUGCCCUGAAAGAGGCCCUAAACAUCAUCGGAGACAUCAGCACCACCACCAUCACUACCGCCAUGCCGCCACCCGUAGACGACUCCUGGCUGAGGCCGGGUGGAAACAACUCCGGGGGCAGGUCUCCAGCUGCCAGUCCCACUCCAAACAGAAGGGCUCCCCCAGGUCCUCCUGGUCGCCCUGUCUCCCGUGGCUCAGCCCCUGGCCUCCCUCCUGGUCCCCCUGUCCCCUCUCGCCCGGGGGCCUCCCCGGAUCCUUUUGGUGGGCCACCACCAUCAGUCCCCUCCAGGCCUAACCGUGCACCCCCCGGUGUGCCCAGAAUCACUAUCAGUGACCAAUGAGGACUAACGCUUCUGCCGAAGACCCCCUCCCUCACCAACCCACUAAACUACUGAAGCCCCCCUCCCCUCCAACCCACCGCCUACCCCAUGGCAGAGAGACCAAGGACUGCAGAGCAACCUACCUACCUAGACCUGACCUAGACCCUUCUUCCUUCUCUACUAAAUGACAGUCACGUCACACACACACACGUAUAAACCCACACCAAUAACACACAAACACACUGUAUACCCCCAAUACACAGAAAGGCAUUCACCCUCCACUGCAUAUAAAGGUCAAUUGUUGAUUAGCAUUACAAUACAUUUACACCUGUAAGUAGUCGCACACAUAAAUGGGCAGGGAUAUGCAGCAAAUAUGGAUGAGAUAGUUAAGAAUGCUGUGCUGAAAUAUUUGUCGUUUCUCACCCUCCCCUUCAUAUGGGUAUUUCUCUUCCUCUCAUAUCUGAAUGAUUUCUUCUCUGAUCAUAUUGGAUUUGAUAAUUAUAUUUUUGUGCUGUGUUGAUUCUUUAUUCUAUGUGUUGAUUCUCUCUCGGGAGUAGAUGCAUUAUCCAUCUAUCUAGCAAGGGGGAGCGGAUCAGAAGGGAUAACUGCAUCUUAUUUUUCUUGUCUUCUGCUAUGAUCGUCAUGAUCCAUACUGGUCCCUAACGUCACAGGCUAGGACACACCUGACAUAGAUGGGAAAGUAGGAAAAACACCUAGAGAAAAUUACCAAUACUGACUGUAAUGUGGUAUCAAUCUCACUGCACUUAGAUUGUGCAUUCUAUUUAUUAUGAGACAUUGAUUAAUGUGACCUUUUAUAUCUAAUAUCAUAACAGUGACUCCUAGCCUCUGAGUUUGGGGAAAUGUUCUCUCAUUAGGUUACAUUCACUUGUUCAUCCUUAAUCUGGCUUCAUGUCCUCUUUUUCGAUUUUCUUCCGCCUCUUGUCAAUGAACAGCCGGCCAGGCAAGGGUCGACCCCUGCCUCCUUCUGACAACUAGAAGUCCCCCUUUUUGCCCCUCAGGGCCCCUGACAUCCCCUUCCUCCACCCCCCCCCCCCCCCCCCCCCCCACCACUCAGCCCCUACACGGUGGAGGGUGAAUCCCCACUGUCCUACACACAAAUCAGAAACCUCAGCAACUCUCCAAAACAGCCUCCCUCUAAGCAAGGGAGGAGACGGGGAGUGAGAGAAAGAGAGAGAAGAAGAAAUCGCCAACCCCUCUAUCUCCCUGUGUCUAUGUCCUACGCCCUUCUGUGGCCACUAGGCCUUGUGUCACUGUGAAGGCCCACUCUUAUGUGUUGUGCUAACCAUGAUGAUGUAUUGUAUUACUGUAUCUGCAUGCAAUGACACAAGUUCAGGUGCUCAGACUAACUGUGAUCUGGUGUAUAUCGGUGUAAACUCGUCCACAACCAGCUCCCCUAGGAACAUGCUGCUUUCUGUGCUUCAACCUCUGUACCGAUGCCACGGGUGCUGGGUAACUCAAAGGUCUCCCGCUAAAAACUGUGGCCCAACAUUGAGCUAGAGUCGUCCGUCUCUCUCCUCCUCUCCCACUUGUCAAUUAACCACUUCCCCACUAGUGAAAAUCAGUACCAUAGCGAGGCGGGAUAUAAAUUGAAAGUGCAAUAUGUUCUUAUUGGACAGCUUAAUGAGAGCUGUCCACCAAUCACACCAGACUCACAAAGGGUGCGUCUCAAUACUGUUGAAUUGCAUCAUUUCUCCUUUCCUCAGAAGGAAAGUGGAAAAAUGUAAGUUGUGUUCAAGAAUGAUAUUUUAAAGUGUUGACCCUGCCCAGGAUUAGGUUGGACUCUCAAAGCAUUUCCAAGACCACUGGCAGGAGAACCUCUGAGAAAUAUGUUGAAUAUCAUUAGAACUGUGUAAUGAGUUGGGGGAUGGGGUGGCACUUUCAAUUUUGGCAUGAUUUAUCAGCUUCUUUCUUUCCUUUUUUCCUUCUUUCCUUUCUCAGUGGUCACGGGGGUGAGUGAGGACAUCAGGUUUAAACCACUAACAACCCAAUCAGUGAUGGUCUAUGCAUAGAACCCUAAACAAACACACGCCUGUACAGUACACCUCUCCCCUCCCAUGUUACUCAUGCGUUCCCAUUGCUAUGUGAGAGAUGUGAGUGGACUCUGUGGUCUGUGGUUUGUUGUAUUAUGACCCUGUUGGUGAUAAAAGUACAUGUUGGGCAUGACAACGGUAAAAACUACACUCAUUAGCAUACCCACAAACCUAUUAUAGUAUCUAUAUUGUACUCAGUUCAUACAAACACUCCCCUCCACAACACCCUGGAAUCUUAGCAAAAGUGAAUACAUAACAAAUAGUUUCAUUAUUAUUUAAGAGUAAAUAGGACAUAUCUUCCGUGUGUAUAUUGUGUGGUGCAUCUUCUGGAAAUUGUGCUUCCACUUGUCUACAGGUUAGUUGACAAUGUAUGAAUACUGAAUAUUAAAUUAGUAUGAAUAAGUGACUGAGUAUGUGUACAAUGAAACAAACUAAAAACAAACUUGAUAAGUGAAAGUUAUAUGAUAUCCCUGUUGAUGGAUGUGUUGAGUAUUGGAAGGUUGUUUGAUGAGUAGCAUGUAGAGGAGAAUAAUUUGUCCCAUGUUUCUCAGUCUCUGUCUGGGGAGAGGAAAUGAGAGUGCAGACUGGGCAGAGUGAAUGUGUAUAUUCUAUCCCACUGUGACAACGUUGUCCUGUAUCUUAUCUUACUGCUGUGGGUGGCAUGAGUCUGUCCAACAGGCUGUGCUUCGGCAACACAUUAAAAGUCAGUGUACCAA